GCAGCAAAUCUCUGAGAAUAACGUCCGUUUGCUAAUGGAGACUGGUCUUACCACAGGGCAAAGCGGGAGGAACAUCAGUUUCCGCAGGGCGAGAAAAACAUAGUUAAAGAGAAUCAUUUGGACUUUGUUGUCUUUUUUUUUUUUAGAAAACACACACCUGCAGUAUGUUAAGUCCCAGUGGAAGGAUUGCCGCAGUCUUGAGUUGUAUCAUGUUACUUGUAACAUGCUACAUUUCCUUGUAUUCAAGGCAUUUAUUUUCAAUUACUUUUACUGAAAAACACCAUGUGUCCAGGGAAGCAACACCAGAACUCAGAACUGAUUUGGAUGAUGAACUAAAUUACAGGGCCAGACCAGGAGUUCAGACGCGGACUCCUUGGAACGCAUCUAUAAUGUGGGAGUUGAUGUUCGAUAAUAAUCUUUUUGACAGACACCACAAGAAGGCCAACACAGCUGUGGCCCUCACUGUUUUUGCUGUUGGGAGGUAUCUAGAGGCCUAUCUCAAGACGUUUCUGACCUCAGCAGAGGAACAUUUUAUGUUGGGGUUACCAGUGACAUAUUUCCUGUUCACGGAUUUACCAGAGAAGGUACCAAAUAUUAAGCUAGCUCCCCACCGAAACAUCCAAGUUGUCAAGGUGGAGAAGUACAGCAGGUGGCAAGACAUCUCUAUGAUGAGAAUGAAGACAAUAUCGGAAGUAAUCGACACAGUCCUCCAGCACAACUUCACCUAUGUCUUUUGCUUUGAUGUGGAUCAGAUAUUUAAAGCAAGAUUUGGCUCUGAGGCUCUUGGGGAGUCAGUGGCCCUACUCCAUGCUCACUAUUACAAACUUCCAAAGUACAGGUUCACAUAUGACAGAAAUUCAAAGUCCAAAGCUUACAUGACUGAAGGAGAUUACUACUACCAUGCAGCAAUUUUUGGAGGAACAUGUGAAAAGGUAAAGGCCUUGGCAGAUUACUGUUAUGCGAACAUCAUGGAAGACAAAAUAAAUGAUGUGGAGGCUUUGUGGCAUGAUGAAAGUCACCUAAACAAGUACUUUUGGCUUAAGAAACCCACAAAGUUGCUCUCCCCUGAGUACUGUUGGGACAAUUAUAUCAGUGAUACAACAGACAUACUCAUCAAGCGCCUAGUAUGGGCCCCAAAAGAUUAUGAGAAGCUUCGUACUGGGUAGAGUGCACAGAAAAUCAAAAAACAGUGAUACAAUAUGGGAGAGAAGUACAAAAAAUGUUUACUAAAUUUGAUUUUGGGUUAUAUAAAGAAUCUGCAACUUCAAAGCCUCAACUCUCAUUGCAAGCUGGCAAACAAUGUUUGGAAACUUGCAUCUUGUAGAUCACUAUUAUUCCAGUAGACCACUUUUCUCAUGUCCAUUGUAUUCUUGUAAUGGCAGUAAAGCAAUCAUUUGUUUAUACUAGAAAACAUUAAUCAAUCAAACUUUAUUUAUUCUUCAUUUUUCAUGCACCAAAAGAGCUUUACAGUUUUGAAAAAUAUAAAUGAAAAAUAAGGACAUUUACUGGUUAAGUAAAUGUACCAAUCAAAUAUAAAUUUAGAAAAUUAAUUUAUCUAUUGCCAUAAAUUACAUCACAUUAGUAAUUUUUCAGCCAGAAUUAAGUGUGAAACAGGAAAUACAAAUUUACUCCCAACUAUAGAGCAUAUUUUUACAACUUAAACCAUACUUACUUUUAAUUACUCAUUUAGUUACCCCCAAAAAAUAUUUUUUUACAUUGUAGAAGAAGCAUAAGUGUGUUGGCUGACGGGGAGAAAGACCCAGGCUCCAAAAUAAGAAAUCACACGUUCAGUUUUCGGCUUAAAAGGUUCAUACCCUAAUAUAAGACUGCUGCUAUAGUUUAAAUUUACUCCAUGUCCUUCUUUUUGUUGACUGUUUUUUUUUAUUUGGUUAAUUGAUUUAUUUAUUUAUUUUUUUUCAGAUUUCAUUGGUAAUUUUUCCCUUCAUUCACUUCAUUGUGUAUUCUGUUAGGUUAAGUUUCCCAUCCUCUGAUUCCUGAUUUCGCUGCACCUGCUGUUGUUUUAGACUUUGCAUAAAACUAUAUGAAGUGCUUUUUUGGUUUCUUUGGUUUCUGUUAUUUUUUUCUUAGUUCUGUUUUUCUUUAAAUUCUUAAUUUGCUCUGUAGCAUUUGGUUUUGUGUAUAAGAAUUACUUGUUCAAUAUUUUGAACAGUACCCACUGCCUGUGAGACUCUGAAUCCAUUGUAACCUGACAAUAUAUUGUCUUCUUAAUUUGUUUUUCUCUUCUUCCUUUAUCACUAAACGAAGACAACCUAGUAAAUAGGUUGUAUACAAACUCUUAAGCUCACUUAGUACACUGGCGAAAAGCUCAUAGCACAAAACAAAAACAAUUUCUAAUAAAAAUAUAUUUAUAAUA